AUGAGUGCUGCCUUUGGAAGGAGUGCUGCCUUCGCACGGAAUGCAGCCUUCGCAUGGAGUGCUGCUUUUGCUCAGAGUGCUGCCUUUGCAAGGAGUGCAGCCUUCACAAGGAGUGCUGCCUUCGCAAGGAGUGCUGCCUUCGCAAGGAGUGCUGCCUUUACACAGAGUGCUGCCUUUGCAGGGAGUGCUGCCUUUGCACAGAGUGCUGCCUCCGCAAGGAGUGCUGCCUUUACAUGGACUGUUUCCUUCGCAAGGAGUGCUGCCUUUGCUACGAAUGCUGCCUUCGCAAGGAGUGCUGCCUUCGCUAGGAGUGCUGCCUUCGCUAGGAGUGCUGACUUCGCUACGAGUGCUGCCUUCGCAGGGAGUGCUGCCUACGCAAGGAGUGCUGGCUUCGCAAGGAGAGCUGCCUUCACAAGUAGUGCUGCCUUCGCAAGGAGUGCUGCCUCCGCAAGGAGUGCUGCUUUCGCACGGAGUGCAGCCUUCGCACAUAGUGCUGCCUUCACACUGAGUGCUUCCUUUGACAGAGUGCUGCCUUCGCAAGGAGGGCUGCCUUCGCAGGGAGUGCUGCCUACGCAGGGAGUGCUGCCUUCGCAAGGAGUGCUGCCUUCGCAAGGAGUGUUGCCUUCGCAAGGAGUGCUGCCUUCGCAAGGAAGUGCUGCCUUCGCAAGGAGGGCUGCCUUUGCAAAGAGUGCUGCCUUCGCAAGGAGUGCUGCCUUUGCACAGAGUGCUACCUUUGCAGGGAGUGCUGCCUUUGCACAGAGUGCUGCCUCCGCAAGGAGUGCUGCCUUUGCAUGGACUGUUGCCUUUGCAAGGAGUGCUGCCUUUGCAAGGAGUGCUGCCUUUGCAAGGAGUGCUGCCUUCGCAAGGAGUGCUGCCUUCGCUAGGAGUGCUGCCUUCGCGGGGAGUGCUGCCUACGCAGUGAGAGCUGCCUUCCCAAGUAGUGCUGCCUUCGCAAGGAGUGCUGCCUUCGCAAGCAGUACUGCCUUCGCAAUGAGGGCUGCCUUUGCAGGGAGUGCUGCCUUCGCAAGGGGUGGUGCCUUCGCAAGGAGUGCUGCCUUUGCAAGCAGUGCUGCCUUCGCAAGGAGUGCUGCCUUCGCUAGGAGUGCUGCCCUUCUAAGGAGAGCUGGUUCCGCAAGGAGUGCUGCCAUCGCUAGGAGUGCUGCUUUCGCAAGGAGGGCUGACUUCGCAGGGAGUGCUGCCUUUGCAGGGAGUGCUGCCUUCGCAUGGAGUGGUGCCUUCGCAAGGAGUGCUGCCUUCGCAGGGAGUGCUGCAUCCGCAAGGAGUGCUGCCUUCGCAAGGAGUACUGCCUUCGCAAGGAGUGCUGCAUUUGCAAGGAGCGCUGCCAUCGCAAGGAGUUCUGCCUUCGCUUAG